GCCGUGGUGCGUGUUCUUAAUGGAACAACCAAAGUCAAGGUGGACCAGUCACACGUUCAAACUGUCAUCCCACCACUCGGCGACUACGUCCUCGUUGUCAAUGGCGCCUACCGCAGUGAAGUGGCUAUCGUGAAGAGUAUCGACAAGGACCGAAACGUCGUCGACAUUUGCAUAGACUCUGUAAGUUAG